AUCCCGAGGCUCAAACACAAGUCUAUAUUAUAAAGGAAAGAAAGAAAAACUUUCCUAAUUGGAUCAUACCAAAGUCUGAGCUCUUCUUUUGUAUCUCUCUUGUAGUUUCUUCUUAGGGGUCUUGGGUUUGUUUGGUUCUUUUAGAGUAAGAAGUUUCUUUAAAAGGGAUUAAAAAAUAUGGGAAGGGGUAGGGUUCAAUUGAAGAGGAUAGAGAACAAGAUCAAUAGACAAGUGACAUUCUCGAAAAGAAGAGCUGGUCUUUUGAAGAAAGCUCAUGAGAUCUCUGUUCUCUGUGAUGCUGAAGUUGCCCUUGUUGUCUUCUCCCAUAAGGGGAAACUCUUCGAAUACUCUACUGAUUCUUGUAUGGAGAAGAUACUUGAACGCUACGAGAGGUACUCUUACGCCGAGAGACAGCUUAUUGCACCUGAGUCCGACGUCAAUACGAACUGGUCGAUGGAGUAUAACAGGCUUAAGGCUAAGAUUGAGCUUUUGGAGAGAAACCAGAGGCAUUAUCUUGGGGAAGACUUGCAAGCAAUGAGCCCAAAGGAACUUCAGAAUUUGGAGCAGCAGCUUGACACUGCUCUUAAGCACAUCCGCUCCAGAAAAAACCAACUUAUGUACGAGUCCAUCAAUGAUCUCCAAAGAAAGGAGAAAGCCAUACAGGAGCAAAACAGCAUGCUUUCCAAACAGAUUAAGGAGAGGGAAAAGAUUCUUAGGGCUCAACAAGAGCAGUGGGAUCAGCAGAAUAAUGGCCACAAUGUGCCUCCUCCUCCACCACCGCAGCAACACCAAAUCCAGCAUCCUUACAUGCUCUCUCAUCAGCCAUCUCCUUUUCUCAACAUGGGUGGUCUAUACCAAGAAGAAGAUCCAAUGGCAAUGAGGAGAAACGAUCUCGAUCUGUCUCUUGAACCUGUUUACAACUGCAACCUUGGCUGCUUCGCUGCAUGAAGCAUUUUCAGAAAUAUAAUUAAUAAUCGUGAUCGUGAACAAUAAAAACAAUUAGCCACACACAUAUAAAUUAGUGGCUAGGCUCUUUUCGUCCCAACUAAUUAAUAUAUUUUGGCAAGUCCCAUGUUCUUAUAUAUCAU